UGUGUGCCUGCGUGUGUGUGCCUGCGUGUGUGUGUGUGUGUGUGUGUGUGUGUGUGUGUGUGUGUAAUGGACCAAAAGGCUAAAGAUCAGCACAGUGGAGACACGUUCGCCUGUCAGUCAAACGUAAGGGUAAAAGUUCCGCAAAGUCCGCUCAGUCGAUCGCCGAGCGGCCGCCGGAGUGGGCCGAGCUGACAUGACGGACGGUUCCGGAAGGUUCCACCAGCCCGCCACGGCUCCUCCACGCUCGGUGUCCGCGGCGGCGCGACUCGCUCCUCCGUCUCUAACCGGAUAAAAGACCGCGCUGGCGGGACGCAGGUCGGAGCGGCUAGCAGGCUAAAGCUAACGGCUAACGGCUAACUGCUCCGGGAUGUUCGGGUGUCUGGUCGCCGGCAGGUUGGUGCAGACGGACGCGGCGCAGGUCGCCUCCGACAAGUUCGUGUUCAACCUGCCGGACUGCGACAGCGUGAACCACGUGGUGGUGUUCAUGCUGGGCACCGUCCCGUUCCCCGCCGGCACGGGCGGCGCCGUCUACUUCUCCUUCCCGGACCCGGAGGGCGGCGGCCCGGUGUGGCAGCUGCUCGGCUUCAUCACCAACGACAAGCCGAGCGCCAUCUUCAAGAUCUCCGGGCUGAGGGCCGGGGGGGGCGGGGCGGCGGGCGCGCACCCCUUUGGCGCCGUGCCCGCCUCCUCGGCGUCCCCCUCCGUGGCCCAGGUGGGCGUGUCGGUGGAGGCUCUGGACCAGCUGGCCCAGCAGAUCCCGGUGUCCAGCGCCGCCGUGUCCUCGGUGGACUCGUUCCGCCAGUUCACCCAGAAGAUGCUGGACAGUCUCUACAACUUCGCCUCCUCCUUCGCGCUGACGCAGGCGCAGAUGACGCCGAACCCCACGGAGACCUUCAUCCCGUCCAGCUGCGUCCAGCGCUGGUACGAGAACUUCCAGAGGAGGAUGGCCCAGAACCCCAACUACUGGAAAACCUGAUGACCGGACCCCGAACCUGAUGACCGGACCCCGAACCUGAUGACCGGACCCAGAACCUGAUGACCGGACCCAGAACCCAGACCUUGAUGAUCUUGUGAGCAGAGACACUGGAGCUCAGACCAAAGGGACAGUUUCCUCAGUGCCUCAUAAACAAGAGGAAGAUUUUUAUUUGCAGUUUAUAUUUAGAGAAUAAAGUUGAAGUAAAAUCAGAUGUUACAUUUUGCAUAUAUGGUGAAUAAAGUUGAAAUUUCAAUAUCAAAGUGAAACUCGUGAGAAUCAAUCAAACCACCGACACCAGCUCAGUUAUGUGCAGAGGAUUGAUUCAGAAUCAAUGUGACUUCAUUCUCGACGUGUUCAUUUUCCAAAAGGAAUAAAAAUCUUCCUCAUAUUUUUGUCCUCUCGCGUCUGACGCUGGUCUGAACUGCUGCGUCUCAUCAGCUGAUGUUUUAUUGAUCUGCUCUAAUAAAGAACCGGCAGUUAUUAAAAAGUGAAUAUUAUUACA